CCCAGAGCUCGCCCAGUUCCCACCCAGGGCCAGGUGAGAGGGCUGGGACUCGUCACUGCCUGCACUUUGGACACCGGCGGCCAUGGAAUAUCCCCAACCCGCUGCCAAAGCCGCUUCCCAGCCCCAGCUUUCCAGCUGCAGGACCGCCGAGCCCGCGGCGAUGGAGCGGCCGGCGGGGAUGGAGAAGCAGAGCCCCGUGGAUUACGGCGUGCAGAUCCGCUUCAUCAACGACCUCCAGGAGCCCCGCAGACCCCCGAAGCCGCGGGGCAAGCCCGGCUCCUACGGCGUGGCCGUGCGGGUCCAGGGCAUCGCCGGCCAGCCCUUCGUGGUGCUCAACAGCGGCGACAAGGGCGGCGACUCUUUCGGCGUGCAGAUCAAGAGCGAGGGGUCCUACCCGACCCCCCCGUGGCCCUCGGGCUCCCUCAGCUCCGACUCGGACCUGCCGGAGAACCCCUACGCGGGGGGGCGGCAGACCCGGCACGGCUCCUACAGCACUUCUGAUGAGGAGGCUCCGGGGGGCUCGGGGGGCUCCCGGCGGGACCCCCGAGCCGCGGCGGGCAGGAGGGUGGCCGGCGAGGAGCUGCGGAGGACACAGUCCCACGGGGACCUGCUGAGCGCCGCCGGGGACGAGCCCGAGGCCGGCGGAAUUCCCGGGAUCCAUCAGCAGCAGCUGCGGGCCCCGGCCGGUGGGAAGGGCGGCAUCGCCCCGGGGCACAAAACCACGAGGCCGGCGGGAAAGGAGCCUUGCUCGGACACGGAGGUGGCCGGAGGGGACGUGGACACCAAGCCGCUGUCCUCGGUGGAUUCGCUGAUCAGCAAGUUCGAUGGGAAGGUGCAGCAGCAGCGGGGAAGGGCGGCCAGGAGAGGCCGCAUCCCCUCGGCCGAGAGGAAGCGCUCCCAGAGCCUGGACGGCCGCGUGUCCCACCGGGAUGUCCCGGACACCCGCGGGACUCGCCCCCAGCCCGCGGGGCCCGGCGGCAGCCGGAGCCCCCCGCGUGGAUCCGCGGGGAUGGAGGGGGGAGGGAUGAAGAUCCAGCGGGGAAUUCGGGCCGCGGAGGAGCAGAGCAAAACCCGGGCAGAGCUGCAGCUCAAAUCCACCCCGGACCUGCUGCGGGAUCAGCGGGAGGUGGCCCAGCCUGGCAGCAGUGAACACCCCAAGGAGCUCAUCUACAGCAUCCUGAAGGAGGGGAGCAGCGAGAGCGAAGUCUCCCUGAAGAGGAAAACCUCCCGGCUGCUGGAGAAGAUGCAGGAACUGGCGGUGCCCCCCAAGGACACGGCGUGUUCCCAACCCCAGCACAGGGAACUGGCCAGGAAGGUGGAGGAGCUGCAGGAGAAACUCGACGAGGAGACCAAGCUCCGCCAGAAGCUGGAGCUGCCCGGUGGCCCUGCCCGGCUCCGGGAGGCUGAAGCGGAGACCCAACGGCUCCGGGGGGCUCUGGAGAAGAAAAACCAGGAGCUGCAGAGGAGUUUGCAGGAGCUGAAGGAGGUGAAAUCCUCCAAGGAGCAGGUGGAGAGCCGGCUGGGGGACUGCGAGGAGCAGCUCCUGGCCACGCGCCGGGAGCUCGAGAGGCUGCGCCGGAGCUCGGGGGCUUCCCCGGACGCCGAAUCCCUGUACAAGGAGCUGCUGGAGGCCCGGGAGGAGCUGGAGGAGGCCCUGAGCUCGAGGCAGCGGCAGGAGGAGCAGCUGCGGCUGCGGGAGCGGGAGCUGACGGCGCUCAAAGGGGCCCUCAAGGAGGAGGUGGCCACCCACGACAGGGAGCUGGAGAGGGUCAGGCAGCAGUGCCAGAGCGACAUGGACCAGCUGAGGAGGAGCAUGGAGGGCAUCUCGCAGGAUAAAGCCAGCCUGGAGUCGGAGAGGCAGAAGGUGAGCGCGGUGGUGAGGAACCUGCAGCGGGAGCUGGAGGAGAGCGCGGAGGAGACGGGGCACUGGCGGGACAUGUUCCAGAAGAACAAAGACGAGCUCAGGAGCACCAAGCAGGAGCUGCUGCAGGUGAAGCUGGAGCGGGAGGAGUUCGAGGAGGAGCUGCGGGAGCUGCGGGAGCGCUUCCAGGCUGUCCGGGAGGAGGCCGAUCAGGCCCGGAGCAGCGCCGCGGAUCCUGGGGAGCUGGAGGCCCUCAGGAAGGAGCUGCGGGAGGCGCGGCGGGAGCUGGCAGAGGAGCGGCAGGGCGGGGAGGAGCGGCUGAGGGAGCGGGAGAGGGAGCUGCUGGCGCUCAGGGGGGCCCUGAGGGACAAGGAAUCCGGCCGGGAUGAGGAGCUGGAGCGGCUCCGCAGGGACCUGCAGCGGCUGCAGGAGGAGCGGGACGAGGCCGGGAAGGCCAAGGCGUCCCUGGAGAGCGCCCGGGAGGCGUCGGAGCAGGCGAGGAAGGCGGUGGAGAGCAGCCUGAGGGAAGUGCAGGAGCAGAACGACGACCUGAGGAGGAAAUUCCUGGGCAUGGAGACGCAGCUGAAGGAGUACGAGCGCCUGGGAGAGAACUGGGAGGGCUCCCAGGUGCGGCUCAAGGAGAAGGUCACCAAACUGGAGGCAGAGCGCAGGCACAUGGAGGAGUCGCUGGGAGAGGCCACGGAGCGGGAGCAGGAGCUGCUGUUGGCCAAGAGGUCCCUGGAGACGCGGCUGGAGGAGGCCGAGAGGAGCCUGGCACGGCUGGCACAGGAGCACCAGGACCUGAGCUCGUCCCUGCAGGAGGAGCAGCGGCAGAAGGAGCAGCUCAAGCGCUCCAAGAACGAGCUGGAGGAGCAGAAGCGGCUCCUGGACCGAACCACCGAGAAGCUCAACAGAGAGCUGGAGCAGAUGACGGCGGAAUCCCAGAGCUCCCUGAGCUCCCUGAGGUCGCAGCUGGAGGAAUUCAAGGAAAAAUCGCGGCGGGAGAUCACGGACUCCCAAAAGCAGGCCAAGGACCGCGGGGCCGAGGUGGAGAAGAUGCAGUUCAGCCUCGGGCGGCUGCAGGACGAGGUGUCCCGGCUCAAGCAGGCGCUGCAGGAGAGCCAGGCCGAGCGGGACGACGCGGUGCUGGACAAGGAGGUGCUGCUGCAGCGCCUGCACAACCUGGAGCAGGAGGUGGACGCCAGGAAGCGCUCGCAGGACGAUCGCUCCCGCCACGCCAAGGCGCUGGAGGAGAAGUCCAAGCGGCUGGAAGUGGAGCUGGAUGAGGAGAGGAGCACGGUGGAGCUGCUGACGGAGCGGGUCAACCGGAGCAGGGACCAGAUCGACCAGCUGCGGGCAGAGCUGCUCCAGGAACGCUCCAGCCGGCAGGACCUGGAAUGUGACAAAGUGUCGCUGGAGCGGCAGAACAAGGAGCUGAAGAACCGCCUGGCCAGCUCUGAGGGGCAGCACAGGCCCAGCAGCAACGUGUCCCAGCUGGAAGCGCGGCUGGAGGAGCUGCAGGACCAGCUGCAGGCGGAGGAGAGGGAGAAGAACGCCCUGCUCUCCUCCAACCGCAAGCUGGAGAGGAAGGUGAAGGAACUCACCAUCCAGAUCGACGACGAGCGGCAGAGCGUCAGCAACCAGAAGGACCAGCUGAGCCUGCGGGUGAAGGCCCUGAAGCGCCAGGUGGACGAGGCCGAGGAGGAGAUCGAGCGCUUGGAGGGCGCCCGGAAAAAGGCGCAGCGGGAGCUGGAGGAGCAGCACGAGCUCAACGAGCAGCUGCAGAACCGCGUCAAGGCGCUGGAGAAGGAGGCCUGGCGCAAAGCGGCUCGCUCGGCCGCCGACUCCUCCUCGCUGCAGGACGACCAGCUGAGCUCGGACGAGGAGUUCGACAGCGCCUACGGCCCCUCCUCCAUCGCCUCCCUGCUCAACGAGCCCAACCUCCAAACCAGCUCCUGCUGACGACCAGAGCUGGGCC